AUGAGUAAUCCUAGGCAGAUUGAGUGGAUUGCUAACUUAGUUGACUUUUCUCGCAUUUUCACAGAAGAUUCUUCUACUUCGCCUCACUCAAACCUAGUGAACUUUGCGACUAAAAAGUGUGGACGGUGCAACUGUAAAGUGAGUUUUUCAAAACUAUUUUAA